AUGUCAUACCGCAACACUGAUGUUGCUAACCCUCAGGACCAAGUCUAUCCUCCGCAACAACAGCUCGAUCGAGUCAGGACUCCACAACAAGGGUAUGGUCAAAAGAACAAUUACCAAGGACCACAAGGCACUUUCCCUGGACAACAAAUGAAUAUCCCACCAGGCUUCCCCCACCAACCGCCCCAGCCUGCACCUUCACAAGAGAAUGAGCUCAAAGCAAUGCUAAAGCAACUACUUCAAGGGCAAGCUGAUGGGGUAGUGGACACAAGCAAGAAGCUAGCUGAAAUAAACUCUAAGAUCGAGAACCUCAACACAAGGGUUUACUCUCUGGAGAAUCAUGCUUCUUCUGUUGCUGCUGCUACAAAGCAAGGACAACUACCUGGUAAAGCUAUUCAGAACCCCAAGGAACAGUGCAAGGUCAUCUUCACUCAAGAAGGACUUGUUGAAGAAGAGGAUCAAGAAAGGGUCAUUGAAGAUUUUUGUUUACUGCUGAAUGAUGAAGAGAUUGUUGCUGCUGAGGCUCCUGGAGUCCAGAUUGAUCAACCAGAAGUGCAUGCACCUACUGUGGCCAUUCACACUUCACCAGUUGAGCUCGCACACAAGCUCGAUCGGCAGCUCGAUCGAGUCCAACUCUAG